AUUCAUAUCAGUCCUUGCCCCUUAACCUCCCUGGCGGUAUUCCCGAGUGUAGCUCGGGGUAAAGUUUCAACACCACAAGCGGUAACCCCGAGCUACACUCGGAAAUACCCUGCAGCGCUGCUUCGGGAUCCCUUCUGCACUUACCUUGUCGUGUCCCUCCUGCAGUGUCCCCUGCAAUGUCCUCCGGCGGAUGCAGGCAUCUGUCUUCUGGGUUCUGUUCCCUGCAACGUCAGGACAUACGGGGGACGGAACUGGCGGGAAAUUCACUAAAAAUCACAUA